GAAUCAAGAUGGCGAACAGAACAGUGACUGAUGCUAAGUCAGUAAAAGGGACAAAUCCGCAAUAUUUAGUUGAAAAGAUUGUUAGAACUAGAAUAUACGAAUCGAAGUAUUGGAAGGAACAAUGUUUUGCUCUAAGUGCUGAACUCUUGGUUGACAAAGCAAUGGGUCUGGAAUUCAUUGGUGGAACAUAUGGUGGAAAUAUUAAACCAACACCAUUUCUUUGUCUUGUUUUGAAAAUGUUGCAGAUACAACCAGAAAAAGAAAUUGUUGUGGAAUUUAUCAAAAAUGAUGAUUACAAAUAUGUUCGUGCUCUUGGUGCAAUGUAUAUGAGGCUUGUUGGAACAUCACUUGAUGUCUAUAACUAUCUUGAACCUCUUCUUAAUGAUUACAGAAAGCUCAAAGUUCAAAAUAAAAUGGGAGUUUUUGAGCUUACCCAUAUUGAUGAAUUUAUUGAUGAAUUAUUACGAGAAGACAGAGUUUGUGAUGUUAUAUUACCAAGAAUACAGAAACGUCAUCUUUUAGAAAGUAGUAAUCAGCUGGAACCAAGGCGAAGUGCUUUAGAAGAUGAUUUGGAUGAUCUGGAAUCAGAAGAAGAAGAUGAUGAAGAAGAAGAAGAAGAAGAAAGAAUACGACGUCACAGAUCACCGACACCCGACAGACAUCGUAAACGUCGUCGUUCACCAAGGUCAAGACGAAGUCAUUCACGUUCUCCUCGACGAAGAUCAAGAUCUCCUCGCAGAAGAAGUAAUUCCCCUCGUCGUCACCGACAUCGAAGUCGAAGUCGAUCCCCAGCUCGCCGUCAUCAUUCGCCGUCACGUCGUCAUCGUCGUCGUUCCCAGUCCCGUUCCCCGUCACCUCACAAGUCAAGGAAAUCUAGCAGACGAGAAGGAAAGUCAGAAGUAAACCAAGAAAGUAUGGAAAUCGAGGAAGCCAACGCACUGAGAGCGAAACUUGGACUAAAGCCUUUAAAACCGUGACGAUUAUAUUUUUCUGCGCCAUCAACAUUCCACUGUUUGUGUUAGUCUUAAUGCGUUACUUUAUGAAAUGUUCGCACAUUUUAUGCAACUCUACAAUUCAGUUAAAAUACCAAAUUCCCUUAUUCAGUAUCAGUAAGGUUUUUUGCGUGAGAAAUGUUUAUACAUUGGGAAUACAUUUACUCUCGUAAGUCAAAAUACUGAACCAUAAGGCUAGACUUUGUUGGAGCAAUAACUUUACUUUAGAUGGACUCUGAAUAAGAAAUAUAAAUAGAAACCCAACCAUUCAAGAAAAGUCAUGUUGUCGUUCAAAUCUCACGUUUCUUGUAGUGAUGGGCGAUUACCAAUUACUUGGAAAUAAUCGAUACUUCAUAAUGCGUUUUUAUUACAGUCCUUGCACUGGUAUUCUUUCUUUUCAACAUUUAUAUUGUCAUAUAACCUCCUCAACCUUUUAUAUUGCAACCAUGCAAAUUUUGAUGAGGGGUAUUUGCAUAGAGCGACCAUACAAAACCAUGCAUCGAUAAUUCAUUCAAAUUCGCAAGUCAACAGGUCUGUUUGGAAUGAGCUGCAAUUUCUCAUGCUGAGUUGGAUGAUAUUUUCAGACUUUUGAAGGGCGAUGGGCUUUAAUGAAGGACUGGAUUACGGAGGGU